ACAGAGCUGUUUGGGGAAGAAAACGACAUUGCGCGAGAUUCACACCAACCCGAGCGAAGAGGAGAUCAAGACGGUUGAGACACGUGGGAGUUCACAACGGAGCAGUUGAGGAAGCGGUUCCACCUAGCGUGAAGACUACGAAGCGGUUUUUCGAAUAAAAGCAGUGGAGCAAGGAGAGAGAAGGGAGAACAAAAAAAAAAUCAACACAGAUCAACUCUGUUCAAACUUUACCUUUUCUCUGUAACUCCUUCGCGGAGCUCUCCUUCCAGGAAGGAUCUCCAUAGUUGUAGUCUUAGUCGUAGUCGCGGAGCUCUCCACAGGAAUCUCCAUAGGAGUAGCAGUAGCGUAGAUUCCUCAAAACUCAAACACCCUCGUUCGAACGUAGUUUGGAGAGGUGCGAACCGUAGUAACAGUCGUUCUUGGUUAGAAGUCAGAGGUGCAUCGAUCAAAUCAACACCGCCGGCGGUGGAUAUUUGACGGUCACGUUGAUUUCACCAUUUAGAGGUGCAUCGAUCAAAUCAACGGCGCGACAUUCGGCGGCGGAUAUUUGACGGUCGUCUCAAUUUCAGCAAUCAGCGGUGCUUCCGAUCAAACGGCACCGCAAGAGUUUCCAUCACGAAACAUCAAAUCAACAUAGCCGGAAACGAAUUCGACACCGGCGGUGGCAUUUGGUUUUUCCGAGGAAACAUUUUGGCACACCUGGUGGGACCCGUGUGUUUGAAAUGGCUCUGCGGCGAGAAAAACAAGAUUGCGAUCUUCCACAACAAUUUCUGGACGAGCAAAGGACCAAUACUGAAGUUGGUCAGGCGGACGAGGCAGAUAGACAUAUCGGUCGGAGGAAGGAGUGGCCUCAAUCCAUGUCGAGCACUGUCGGGCAUGUUGCACUCUUGUCUCUUCGUCGAGCCGUGGAGGAGUAUUACCAGCAGGUAAAUCUCUAUUUUAUCUCUUUAAAUAAGCCGUGUGAUUCUCUUGGAAGACAUAUGGACAAAUUUUUUGAGAUGAUAGAUGAACAUGUUUCCGAUAUUGCCAAUAAAGAUUCACUUAAACUUGUGGCUAAAACAGUGGCGUUAGGGGCCAACAAAUCUCAUGUUGGUUCUCCUGUGAACACUAUUGUUUUGAAGGACAGGAAAGUUAGAGCGGUCUUGCGAAAGCCACAACUAAGAACAAAAUUUAAACGUGUUCAUAAUAAGUUUCAGAAAAUUAAGAAAAACAAGUUUGAUGUCUUGAAAGAUGACAAAUUUUACCACAUUCUUCAAUCUGAGCCGCUAGGGGGGCAUGCAAUCCCAGCUCGUGGUAGAUUGAAGGAGAAACAACAUCGUGGGUGGCAAAGAAGUUUGCCACACCCACCCUGCUCGAGGAAAAAUCUAAAAAUGGUUUCCUCAAAUACUCUUCGGUGUGGGGAUGUUAACCAUGUGGAAAAAUCUAAUGCCAAUAAAGUUGGCAUGACUCAACAGGAUCGUUCACGUAAAUCAUCCCCAAAGUUUUUAUCGAGUGGACAGGGGGGCAAGUUCGGUCAAGCACGACAGGGAGUUGCAACACCAGUGCUUAUGAGGAACAAGUCUGCUACGAGUGGUGGCCAGGGGGGCAAGGCCAAUGCCAAACGAAUUCCAAACUCACGUGGAAUUUUAAAAGGGGCAACGUUGUUGUGUGAUAGGUGCAAAAGUCAUGUUUGUGCUAAGCAAAGUACCAACGUACCGGUUGAUGAAAAGUCUCGGCGCUCAUACUACCAACCACAUGGUGAGAGUGCGAAGCUGACAAAACUAGACCAGUCUAGGCAAGCGAUGUCGCAUGAUCGAAUUGGCAAGACAAAGGUGCCAAAAAACGGGAAUGUCCUGUCUAGAGACAAGAAUUCUUAUGGUUUUCUAGUCCGCGAAGCUAAGAUUAGGCCAAAUCAGGAUCGUGGAGUUUCAAACAAAGAUGUUCGAGCUAGACGAACUGGGGAUUUGCAAGCCAACAUUGAUUCCAAAACAUCAAAACCAACGCGUGUGAAGCCAGCUGUGAUGAAUCAUGGACUUUACGGAUGGCUUGUUUGGUUUGAUCCAUGGAGUUGGCAGUGGGUGUGGACUUUUGGCAUGAUGGUUUAUGCCAAAGUCUAGUUUGUUUCUUAUUUAACUGUUAAUAAAUAACGUGGCUAAAUUAGGCCACCUAAUGUGUUAUAGAGAAAAUAUUAUACAAUAGAAUCAAGCGGCAUUGCUAAGAAGAAGCCACAAUAUCGUUGGCAAUAAUUCAAAAUGUCAAGCAGUGUUGUUUUCUUUUUUUUUUUCAACAUCGUGGAAGGAUGAACAAUGCUGUAAAAAAAAACAAUUUUUUUUCUCAGGUGCGGCCAAGCAGCCCUGGAAAAAAAAAAAAUUUGGCGGUUGAGAGAAAGAGGCCGCCAGGUCUGCUACAUUGUUUAAAAAAAAAAGUAGUGCUUCUCAGAGCUGCGGCUGUAACACCUUAGGCAAAUCCCACAUCGACAAAGCACGGGAGAGAUCCAUGGUUCAUAAGUAGGAAACCGGCCUUAACUGACAAGACGCGUUUUGGGGUGUAAUGGAAGAGUUCUUGUGAGAACUCCGAAUUUAAACGUGCUCAGUGUGGAGUACAACAAGGAUGGGUGACCUUAUGAGAAGUCACCUUGAAUUGCACCCUAAGUCGAAAUCCGUGCGGGUGUAGAGGCCCAAAGCGGACAGUAUCUUGUCGGGAAAAGGUUCGGGAUGUUACAAGUGGUAUCAGAGUCUCUCCGCGUCCCUCUUGAACGAUGGUGGGGCAAACCUCAACGAGGGCGUUGAGUCCCAAGGGGGGGGUGUAUGUAACACCUUAGGCAAAUCCCACAUCGACAAAGCACGGGAGAGAUCCAUGGUUCAUAAGUAGGAAACCGGCCUUAACUGACAAGACGUGUUUUGGGGUGUAAUGGAAGAGUUCUUGUGAGAACUCCGAAGUUAAACGUGCUCAGUGUGUUGUACAACAAGGAUGGGUGACCUUAUGGGAAGUCACCUUGAAUUGCACCCUAAGUCGAAAUCCGUGCGGGUGUAGAGGCCAAAAGCGGACAGUAUCUUGUCGGGAAAAGGUUCGGGAUGUUACAGCGGCUGUUUCCAAGCAGCCCUGAAAAAAAAAAGUUUCUCAAUUGCGGCCAAGCAGCCCUGAAGAGGGAAAAAAAAAGCCUCUCAGCGCUGCGGCUGUGGCUAACAGCCAUGAAAAAAAAAAAGAAAAAAAAGGGUCUCAGCGGUGGCAGCCAAACAGCCCUGAUAAAAAAAAUAAUAAUAAUAAUGAAAAAAAGGGUCUCAGCGCUGGCGGAAAUUUGACAGCCCGGAUAUAUAAAAAAAAAAAAAAAUUAAGCGGCUAGAAGUUUGGCCGAAAACGAUCUUGUUUUCUCCUUGGAAAAGGGCCAAUAACAAUGCUGCAGAAAAGGGAGAAAGUUUGGUCAAAACAGAACUGCAAGCAGUGCAGCGUUAUAAAAUAAAUAAAUAAAAAUACUCCGCAGUGUUGCAAUGUGAAGGUUGAGCAACGUUGCAGUUACUUUAAAUUGCUUCCGCCACAGCAUGGGCCGAGGAUCUAAGCAGCGGUGUUGGAGAAAAACAAAGCUGCAGUAAUCAAAGUCAGGCGAUGUU